UUAUGCCCCCGGAUUGAUAGAUCGAUGUUUUUGGCCUGUCUGUCUUUCUUUCUGUCUGCCAUUCGGUCGCAAAACUUUACUGUACAGUAAAGUUUUGCAAUAACUUUUGAAAUAUUGAACAUAGCAACUUGAUAUUUGGCAUACAUGUGUAUCUCAUGGAGCUGCACAUCUUGAGUGGUGAAAGGUCAAGGUCAUCCUUCAAGGUCAAAGGUCAAAAAAAGAAGAAAAAGCGGCGCAUUAAGGGGCAUUGUGUUUCUGACAAACACAUCUCUUGUUCAUGUUAUUGUGGAAUGUUUUGUUUUUCAAGCUUCAAUGAAUACACCACGUUCUUAUUUAAGUGUUCUUGUAUCCUCAAGUGCGUAUUUAAAAUUAAUUUACGACAAACGGACAUGGCUUGUUUUCCUGACGGUUCAGGAAAUCACGAAAUAUUCCAUAAGUUAUCUCCACACUCAGACCAACCAGCGGAAAACGGUUGAUACUCGCUGAAACCGCUUCCGGUUGGCCCUAUGAAAGGCGUUAUCCGAAUAAAAACAAAAUGUGCACAGUGCAUGCACUUGGGAAUUAAGCUGAUCAACAUGCCCGCCAUGUUUGCUGACUCCGUCAAACAAAUAUUGGACCCUAUUUUGGGUCAGUACAACAACACAGCCUGCGUGGGUAACACAGCGGCUUCUGACAUGUGCAAUAUCACCGCCGUGAUUGGCACCAGUGUCUGCGACAGCUUCAAUUUAAAAGGAACCGCAAUUGGGAUGACCGCCGCCAACCUUCCUGAUGCGGGUAUGGAGAUGUCCGUUGUGAUAAGAAGUUGUGGAGUCCUUAUGAGUGACACCCCGAAAUGCACACCGAUUCUUGACCUCGUCGAGGCCAAGCAGAAAGAGAACUUCCUCUCCCAGCUAUCACAGUGGUCUGCCCAAUUUAAGACAGUAAAAUACAAUGGGUACCAUUGUCAGUCGGUAAACGGCUCCACAUGGCCCAACAUCGAUGACUUUGACAAGGAAAGUUCCGGAAACAGUUUGGGAUUAGCUAGUAAUCUUAUCAUGACGUGUUUGGUGAUUCUUCGAUUUUAUGAGUAAAAAACAGUACAACUCUGCAAAUUACAGAAACAGAAAAUCGGUUGACGGCCGUGGACUGUUUGAUUGUUUAUUUCUGUAAGACUAUAAUCUAGAAUUGCGUUAUUAUUUAUCAUCCAAUUCUGGACAUCAAAAAUACCACUCACUUAAUAUUUCAACCGAUGAGGGAAACACGUAACUGUUAAAAUAGAAAGUUCUUUAUGGAGAUCUUGUUAAACAGUGUUUUAUAUGCCAGAAGUCAUGCCAAUGGAUUUUAUAAUUAGCAAUACCACGUUGAACGUAUUAAGUGUGAAUAAAUAUGUAUUCAAAGUUU